AACAAACGGCGCAGGACCAUGGCUUCCAGUCUGUGGACGAUCCUGACUUCUCCUUGGUCUUCUGUGACUCUCUGUCAGGUUCUGCAGUUAGUGGGUCUUAUCUGCUUAGUGCUGCUGCUGCGGAAAACCAUUACGCUCUAUAACCGGUGGAGGACUCUGGCGUCAGCUUUUCGCAGCUUUCCUGGGCCUCCUACCCACUGGCUGUACGGACAUAUCAAUCAGUUUCACCGCGACGGCAAGGAUCUGGACAAGGUAGCUGGUUGGAUGGAAAAAUAUCCAAAUGCGUUUCCGUUAUGGGUUGGAAAGUUUUUUGGUUGUCUGGUUAUUACGGACCCGGAGUAUGCCAAGGCUGUGUUCGGGAGAUCAGAUCCCAAAACAUCAACUGUUUACAGCUUCCUGGUUCCGUGGAUCGGGAAGGGGUUACUUGUACUAUCUGGGGACACCUGGUUCCAGCAUCGCCGGCUGCUCACGCCGGGCUUCCACUACGACGUGCUGAAGCCUUAUGUUAAGCUGAUCUCUGAUUCUACAAAAGUCCUGCUGGAUAAGUGGGAUCAUCUGUGCGAUGGGGAGAAGUCCGUGGAGUUGUUCCACCAUGUUAGUUUGAUGGCCCUAGACAGCAUCAUGAAAUGUGCCUUCAGCUACAACAGCAACUGCCAGACAGACAGUGAGAACUCUUACAUUCGGGCUGUGUACGAACUCUCCUAUCUGAUCCAUCACCGAAGCCGUGUAUUUCCAUAUCACAACGACCUACUUUAUUAUCUAAGCCCCCAUGGAUUUCGUUUCCGGAAAGCUUGCAAGAUAGCACAUCGGCACACGGAAAAUGUUAUCGAGCAAAGGAAAAAACUUUUGGAAAACGAGGAGGAACUGGAGAAAGUCAAGCAGAAGAGACAUCUUGAUUUCCUGGAUAUUCUUCUGUGUGCCAAGGACCAAAAUGGUCAGCGUCUGUCUGAUGAGGAAUUGCGGGCAGAGGUGGACACCUUCAUGUUUGAGGGACAUGACACAACAACCAGUGGGAUAUCCUGGAUCCUCUACAGCAUGGCCACAAACCCCAAGCACCAGCAGAAAUGUCGGGAAGAGAUUAGAGCGAUGUUAGGAGGUAGAGAUACCAUGGAAUGGGAGGACCUGAGUAAGAUGCCUUAUACUACCAUGUGCAUCAAGGAAAGCCUCCGACUUUACCCUCCAGUGCCAAUUGUAUCCCGGGAACUUGCGAAGCCAAUCACAUUUUAUGAUGGACGGUCAUUACCUGCAGGCAUCGUUGUUAGUUUACAUAUGUACUGUAUUCAGCGGAACCCUAGCAUAUGGAAGGAUCCCGAGGUAUUUGACCCACUCCGAUUCUCCCCAGAAAAUUCUUCCAACAGGCAUUCAUAUGCCUUUGUGCCAUUUGCAGCAGGACCGAGAAACUGCAUCGGGCAGAACUUUGCGAUGAAUGAAAUGAAGGUGGCUGUAGCUCUGACGCUGAACCGAUUUGAGCUGUCACCGGACCUCUCUCAGCCGCCUAAGAAAAUUCCGCAGCUUAUCUUGCGUUCCAAAAAUGGUGUCCAUUUGUUCCUGAAGAAAACUAGUUAAAAUGAUGACCCAACCGCUAACUUUAGCAAAGUAUUGUAGAUUCACACCUGAUAUACCUCCUUUUUUAAAUGAAAUUCUACUGUAAUUACUAUCCAUAAAGAAUUGUAGACUGUAA